UCUCUGCAGCCUGGGCCGCUUGGGUCAGCAUGGAGCAUGGCAUGGUAGGGGGUGGGCCACACCUCCAUGAAGUUGGCUGCAGCCUGCCCCUCGCUUAUGUCAGUGGAAGGUGGCCCUCACUUGGGAUGUUCCUGAGCUAAAAUAAUUGACGCUCAUAUGGCUAUGGUAAUGCUUUAUGUGCAUGGCACUCUGUUCCACGGCAGGUUUGACAGAGGUUCCUCCAUGGCUCUGGGGAUGGAAUGGCUGCUAAGACGAUGGAAGGAAUUGCUUCCUGGUCUGACAACCCGUGUCCUCCAGAGGCAGUAUCUUUAUAGAUGUCACCAUGGCCCCCCUCACAGAGCAAAGCGUCUGGUGCUGUCCCAGCUCUUUCAGCCUCUGAAUCUUCGGGAGGACGGUGUGGUUGGGCUGGAGAGCAAACCUGACGAUCUGACAUGUAAGAGUCAGAGGCUGAUGAUACAAGCAGGGUUAAUCUACCCCUCUAGCCCCGGCUGCUACUACUACAUGCCUUACACUGUUCGAGCAAUGGAGAAGCUUGUCAAGGUGAUAGACCAAGAAAUGCAGGCUAUCGGGGGGCAGAAGCUAAAUAUGCCCAGUUUAAGUUCUGCAGAGCUCUGGAGAACCAGUGGGCGGUGGGAUUUAAUGGGCAAAGAGCUCUUCCGACUUGCAGACAGACACAGCAAAGAGUACUGUCUGGGGCCAACUCACGAAGAGACCAUCGCAGACCUGAUUGCCUCCCAAGCGAACUUGUCCUACAAGCAGCUGCCGCUCCUGCUAUAUCAGAUAACACGGAAGUUUCGAGAUGAGCCCAAGCCCCGUUUUGGCUUGCUGCGCAGCAGGGAAUUCUACAUGAAGGACAUGUACACAUUUGACACCUGUGAGGAAGCUGCUCGCCAGACCUACAGCCUGGUGUGUGAGGCGUACUGCAACGUGUUUAACAGCUUGGGGUUCCACUUUGUCAAAGUGCAGGCAGAUACGGGCAGCAUUGGGGGGAGCAUGUCCCACGAGUUCCAGCUCCCCGCAGGCAUUGGAGAGGACAGGCUGAUGAUCUGCUCCAACUGUAGUUUUUCAGCCAACGUGGAAACAAUAAAUCCUGACCAGACAGACUGCCCAGUUUGCAAAGGAAAACUGUCUGAGAGCAAAGGGAUUGAAGUUGGGCAUACGUUUUAUCUGGGCACCAAGUACUCUUCUGUUUUUAAUGUCAACUUCCACACUGCCCAAAACAAACCUGUCCUAGCAGAAAUGGGUUGCUAUGGCUUGGGCAUAACUCGGAUUCUGGCUGCUUCUGUCGAGGUGCUUUCAACAGAAGACAGCAUCCGUUGGCCAGCCCUCAUUGCACCUUACCAGGUCUGCCUCAUUCCCCCUAAGAAAGGCAGCAAGGAAGAGAUGGGUGCGGUGCUAAUGGAUAAUUUAUAUGACAGUAUUGUCGAAGCCGUGCCUCAGAUUAAAGGGGAAGCUGUGCUGGAUGACAGGACUCACUUGACCAUUGGAAGGCUGCAUGUGUACAUGGACACUCCCCUUCAAGAAGGUGCAAGUGGCUCAUUGGGACACCUUAGCCUGAUGCUUGAGAGGAGAAGUCAGGCGUAGACCACAGGAGCCAACAGUAUGUCUUGAGCAAGUCUUGGGAGCGAGAGAACAUGAAUCCAGUCCAUGUAGGUGAGGAGUCAGGCACUGCUCUGAGGAUCCAAGAACAUACCCCUAUGACCCAGGAGGGGGAGGAAGGUACC